CGGACACAUUUCACUGUCGUACCAAACACAGACCGGAAGUGUGUGUUUUAAACAGUCGCGUUUGGAGUGUUGUUUGUUUAUACGUUUCGUAUACAUUUUAAUCGCUUAUUUGUAACCUCUUCGCACUCAAAAUGGGUAAAAGACAGCAUCAAAAAGAUAAAAUGUACAUUACAUGUGCAGAGUACACAGAGUUUUACGGAGGGAAGAAAACAGUAAUACCUCAAGGCAAUUUCAGACGACUGCCCUUUGAUCAUUGCAGUCUGUCUCUUCAGCCCUUUGAGUAUCCUAUGUGUACAGAAGAGGGAGUGGUGUUUGAUUUAAUGAGCAUAGUGCCCUGGAUUAAGAAGUAUGGCACCAACCCCAUUACUGGAGAGAAACUUGAAGCCAAGUCCCUUAUCAAGCUUAACUUCAGCAAGAACAAUGAUGGGAAGUACCACUGUCCUGUGCUGUACAACGUCUUCACAAACAACUCUCACAUUGUUGCCAACAAAGUUACAGGCAAUGUUUUCUCAUACGAGGCAGUUGAACAGCUUAACAUCAAGACAAAGAGUUAUAAAGAUCUGCUAACUGAUGAACCCUUCAAACGGCAGGACCUCAUCACGCUGCAGGAUCCGACAAAUCUGGAUAAAUUCAAUGUCUCCAACUUUUUCCAUGUUAAAAACAAUCUGAAAGUCCUUGACCCUGAUGAGGAGAAAGCCAAACAGGACCCAGCGUACCAUCUGAAAAGCACCAAUCUAGAGACCAGAGAAACCCUAGCAGAGCUAUACAGGGAUUAUAAAGGAGAUCAGCUCUUGGCUUCCACCAUGAAAGAGCCAGAAACCAAGAAAACAGACAAACUCAAUGCUGCUCACUAUUCCACAGGACGAGUUUCUGCCUCUUUCACAUCCACAGCUAUGGCUCCAGCCACCAUCCAUGAAGCAGAUGCUAUUGCCGAUGAUGCCGUUCGAUACCAGUAUGUUAAGAAGAAAGGCUACGUUCGCAUGCACACCAACAAAGGAGAUUUGAAUCUGGAGUUACAUUGUGAUAAG